AUGUCUCAUAGGAUAGAUAAUGAUAGUCCGUCUGAGCCACCUCCAUCAUACGAUGAAGUCAUAAGUGAAUCUAAGAACAAUUCUUAUCAUGGACUUUCCACACCAGAUUCGGACGCUUCAUACUCGCGACCCUCACUAUCAGUUCCACCUCCUCGACCUACAAGACCUCCAGCUCGCCCACCAAGACCCUCGAGUGUACUGCAAGUAGAUUCUCAACGUCCAGAGGCACUGCAAGCGUCAUCGUCGUCAUCGUUGUACGGUAACAGCGCUAACUUACCGUUUCAUUAUACUAGAGGCUAUUUUUGCCAAAAAUGCAAGAAUACUGGCUACAAGAUAAAGAAUGGGAAAAUAUGCAGAGAUUGUUGGCAGAAAUUUUAUUUGAAUGAUAAUAGUUAUAAUCCAAACCCAGAAUUACCCUUUAAAUAUCCUCGGAGAUACUUAUGUGAAAAAUGUCAGAAUACGGGCUAUAAACUAAGAAAUGGAAAAACUUGCAAAGACUGUUGGGAAAUGUUCAGUCCAAGAAACCCUUAUAAUGCAGUCUCAUCAUCUGGUCUUUUAGAUAGCUUCUUUGGAUCUACGACAGAAUAUAUUCGUCCAACAAAUUUUGUGGGACAGAGCAAUUUACCCCCAGUGAGAGUGCCACCAGGGGAUCCUAGAUUAGGUGGUAUUUUAUGUGGAAGAUGCAGAGGUUCAGGCUUAGUUCAUUUCUUUCUUGAUGAGGACCUUUGCCCAGUAUGCCAUGGGUUGGGAAGAAUAAUAGGACCUAGUGGCCCCCCGAGGUCUCAGGUGCCGCUAGGUCCACCUCAAGGUUAUUUCAACCAAGGAAAUGGGGGCUACGUACCGCCACGUAAGAACUAA